UCACGCUGACUCACCGAGAGCGCGCACGGGAAUGAACGUGCGGAAACGAACCAUGGCUGAAAUGGUAUCGGACAGUGACGUGGGUGUUCCUGUAUCAGAUCCUCCAAAACAACCUCCGAAACGCCGACGCAUCCUCGACGCUUCUUCCAUCACAACAGUACCUGUUUACUCCAACAAGGUUAACAGCUCCCUAAAUCUGAAGCCAAUAACCUUCAAACACACCAGUCUCACAGAUGAGGAAAAGGGUGCUCCUCUGUGGUCUCCUUCCCCACCUCGUCCAGAGAAACGGCCGAUCAGCAUUGAUCUGAGUGGCUCCGAGGAGGAGCCAGAACAGACUGAAGCUCAGGAAAUCCUUCGUUCCCCUUCUCCACCCCCUCCACCAUGUAGCCCACCAGUGAAACGGAGCAGACGGGCAAACCAAAAAAUACGAGAAAUCAACAAGAAAUUGAAUGAGAUUGGUUCUCUGGUGUGUUUCUCGCCUGAGCCUCAGGAGCCUGUGGUUGAAUACAGAAACUCUCCAUCUCCUGUGAAUGAUGAUGAUGAUGAUGAUGAUGACAUCAUCAUAAUUUCUUCUGACAGCAAAAAGAAAACACGCUCCCGAAAUGCUGAAGGCAGAGACUCUGGGCGAGAAAUUUCACUCAAGUUUCGCUGUCGAACGGAGUUGCACAAAAUCCCAAUACUGUCUACGGCUCCUUUGAGUAAAGCUGUGGAAGAGCUGGCCAUCAAACUCAAUGUCCAACCCAGCCAAAUUCUGUUAUUAAACAAAGAUAUUGAUCUCCCCAUUCACUCGUCCAUCAGCGAGCUGGGUCUCGGCAUAGCUGACAUUAUAGAUUGUGUAGUGACAGAGAAUAAACAAGAAGAGAGCGACAAAAGUAACGUCAUCACUGUGCGACUGCAAGGCAAAGAGAAAGAAUCUGUGCAGGAGUAUUCCCUACAAAAGAAUGCUCCUUUAGGCUCCAUCCUUUCUCAGUAUGUCUCUGGUUUGAGUGCCACUGCUAGAUGGAAAGCCAAAUUUCUUUUUGAUGGGUCAAGGGUCUCAUACAGUCAGACUCCAGCUGAACUAGACAUGGAGGAUGGUGACGUCAUUGAAGUCUGGGCCUAAACGCCUCCAACUAUUGAAAGUUCUGUACUUUUUGUAUGCAGUAUUCUGUAUGCAGUGUAACAUGUAAAUGGUAUGGUUUCUGUGGUUUGCAAGGACGGAGAAAAAGAUUUGUAGAGGAGGUCAGACUUCUGUUAAUACUUCCUAUCAUUUAAAACAGAUUUUUUUAAGGCUUUAUGAACAAUACACAUUUGACUUGUGUUUGAGGUCAUGCGAAAACAAUAUAAAAUCAGUUUUACAUUGUGUAUAUACACCUGAUUUAUUUAAGAGUUGUUGAUUUUUUUUAAUAUAAAGAAUUUGCUUAAUUGUAAAGAAUAUAAUAAAAUGACAAAUUUGUAAGA